AUGUCUCAUAAUGCAAACUCAUCAGAUGGUUCUAGUUCAUUGAAUGUGAAUGAAUAUGAUGAAUGGGAAGCACAAGUUGUUCAACAGAAUCGACAACUUGAUGUUAUCAUGAGUGAGUUACUCAUAGGGAUACCAAAUAUGAGCGUAAGAGAUCACCCAAGAGCAAGAAGGAGGUAUUGUGAUCGGGAACGUGAGCAGGGUGAAGCAUGUUUGAUGAAAGACUACUUUGUUGACAACCCAAUGUAUGGUGAAGAAAAUUUUCGAGGCAGACAAGGUCUUUUACCAUUACAAAAAUGUAUUGGAGCUAUGCGGGUGUUGGCAUAUAGGGCAUCAGUAGAUACACAUGAUGAAUAUUUGAGAAUCAAUAAGACUGUAACAAGGGAUGCUCUUGUAAAGUUUGUGGAAGGUGUUAUUUCAUGCUUUCGUGAAGAGUACCUUAGACGCCCCAAUCAAGAUGAUUUGGCACGACUGCUCCAUGUUGGAGAAGAACAUGGAUUUCCAGGCCGAGCACCAAAGGUGAGUUACACUGUAAAUGAUCAAGAAAAUCAUAUGGCUUAUUAUCUUAUUGAUGACAUAUAUCCUUCAUGGGCUGCCUUUGUCAAGUCAAGAAGUUCUCCACAACUUCGAAAACACAAGUUGUUCGCUGAACAUCAAGAGGCUGCUAGAAAAGAUGUUUAA